CUGCCGAGUGCCGAGAGUGAUGGAGUUAGUUAUGUCAUUGAACAUAAGUGCACGACGUGACCGGUGAAAUUCGAUGUAAAAUUCGGAAAAUCGUGAAAUUAUUCGUGAUAGCGCAACGGUUCUUCAUUUCUUCCCUGCACCGUAAAAUGUCUUCGGGUCCUGAGCAGCAACAGCACGGUUUAAAGAUCGACGACACCACCCGGAAGCUGAAGAAGUCCGAGAUUGACUUUAUGCGACUGAUUGAACAGCAAAAUUUGCAACGGGUCCAGAAGCUGCAGCGCCAGAGGAGGAACAGCAAAAUCACGGCCCUUGCGCUCGGAGGAACCGUUUUGGGAAUCUACCUCUACUCGAUGUACUCGGUGAAGCAGGAACGAUUCCUGGACGAUUUCGAAGAACCGUUGAAGGUGGAAGUUCCGGAUAAACAAUAGAAAUUUAACUCUUCAUUUUUAACUUAGGCUUAGCCAUGUCUUCGUCUACAGCUAUCAACUCUUUGGUGAAAUCCGGUGCCCGGCUGCCGCCACUUCCGACCAUUCGGGAUUUGGUACGGCUGUACAAACUGCGGGCCCUUAAGCAGCUUUCUCAGAACUUCCUAAUGGAUGAAAGACUGACCAACAAAAUCGUACGAGCAGCCGGCAACAUCAAAGACAACUACGUGCUGGAAGUCGGUCCGGGCCCGGGAGGCAUCACCAGGUCAAUCAUUAGGAAGUUUCCCCACCAGCUGGUCGUUGUUGAGAAGGACCGACGGUUCCUUCCGACACUGGAACUACUGGCGGAAGCUUCCAAAGACUUUCUUCAGAUGGACAUAGUUCGCGGUGACAUACUAGAGUAUCGAACGGAAAUGGCGUUCCCAGAUUGUCCUAAAACCGAAUGGAACGACAAACGCGCCCCUGUCCACCUAAUAGGUAAUUUACCUUUUGCCAUUUCGACGAGGUUGCUUAUCAACUGGAUCCGCGAAAUGAGCCUGCGAUCCGGAGCAUGGUCCUAUGGACGCAGUAGUCUUACCUUAACGUUUCAAAAGGAAGUUGCCGAACGAAUAGUCGCUCCCAUCCUUUCGGAAUACCGUUGCCGGCUGUCGGUUAUGAAUCAAGUUUGGAGCAAAGCAGAGCUGAAAUUCAUCAUCCCGGGAAAAGCUUUCGUUCCCAAACCGGAUGUAGACGUGGGAGUUGUCACCAUUAUUCCGCUGAAAACGCCUCUGACCACAGUUCAUUUCGACGUCGUGGAAAAGGUAAUUCGCCAUAUAUUUUCAAUGCGACAGAAAUACUGCCGCCGGGGCGUGUCCAACCUGUACCCACCGGAUGUACGGGAAGAUCUAACACAGCUGACGUUCCGGAUGGCCGAUGUUGAUCCUCUGGCGAGGUCGUUUCAAUUGUCCACUGAAGAAUGUCUACGGAUAGCGGAAGCUUACGAUCAGCUGGUGCAAGCAAAUCCCGAGAUAAAGCACUACGAUUAUCGGGCACCAAAGCACGUAGAUGAUGGAUACUAAAAUAUGUUGAACUUUUUUUCUUUUAGUAUAAAUAAAGUUAGUAACUUUAA